UAGAAUCGAUGAUGAUUGGUUGGUGAUAAGUGGGGUACAAGAGAAUUGAUUGAGUUGUUGGCAUAAGAGAGACAUACUUUUCGAGUAUUGUUCAAAACACCCCAACUUAAUGGAGCUGGAAUAUGAAGGACAUGUUUCUUCGAAAACUGAAAAUGGAGACGAAGACAGUCUUUAUGAAAGUUCUUUAUUGUUGUGUGAAAAUGAACCCACAGUAAGUAUUCCUAUAGCAUCCUCCAGAAUGCACACGGUGAAUUGUAAAUACGGAAAACCGACCGUGGGAUCACCCGAAGAACUCGUUGAAGCAGAAAGUUACACAGAACCAGACAAAAGAGAAGAACUAUUUGACCAAGACACUGUUGUGGUGGAAGCCUAUCCUACCGUUGACUAUACAAAUGGCAAUAAAGAGGGUAUUAUUCAAAGUGAGGAAUGGUUAGGAGAAACACACCAACAACGGCGCAGCUAUAAAGUAGAACCAGUUGUGAGAAAACAGAAAGAUACUUUGGUGAAGUCUAGCCCUUGUUCUUCCAGUUGUUUGCGAGACUUUUCCUCAGUAUAUUCCAUUAUUCAAGGGGAAAGUGGUCGAGAGAAAUUGUUGUUGUUAUGUGAAUUGUUCGGAGUGGAAAGUAGUAGUGUAACCGAUGUAAAUGGACUCAAAGAUAGACUGUUGAAUUUUUCUAUUCGUCAACCGUUGGAUGCUUUCAGUCUGCAACGUUUGGAAAGUAAAUUGAAACAAUGGGAUUUGGACAAAGUGAGAGAAUCAGCCAGUUUGUUGCAAAUAAGGGAGGAAGAACAAGAUAAGGAUAGACUGGUGGAGAGCAUUGUACAACGACUGGAUAACUUGGAGAGUUGGUCUAGUCAACAGGAAGAAGAAGAAUUACCUAAAAAGAAAAAGAAAAGAACUGAUAAUAAUACUAGUCGUGCAUGAUUCUAUUGUGGGUUGAUCGUCAUAGUUUUUAUGAAACGA